GUCAAAAUUGUGUAUCAAAUCUGGAUCAGCUGUAAAUUGGUGUUAACUUGAAAUAACUUAAAAUAUCAUUAUAUUUUAUAACCUCGGACAGGUACCUUGAAGAAAUGAUCCACAGCUUAUUUAUAAUAAAUCCUGCUGGUGAUGUGUUUUUGGAGAAGCACUGGCGUAGUGUAAUUCCAAGAUCUGUCUGUGAUUAUUACUUGGAAGCACAACGGGCAUCUCCUAAUGAUGUGCCUCCUGUGCUGGCUGCGCCACAUCAUUACUUGAUAUCCAUCCAGAGGGGAGGUGUGGCCCUCGUGGCCGUAUGCAAGCAAGAGGUGGCACCUCUAUUUGUUAUUGAAUUUUUGCAUAGGGUUGUUGAUACAUUCAAGGACUAUUUCUCAGAUUGUACAGAAACCAUUAUAAAAGAAAACUAUGUUGUAGUAUAUGAGUUGCUAGAUGAAAUGUUAGAUAAUGGUUUUCCACUGGCAACAGAGAGUAAUAUUCUGAAAGAGUUGAUAAAACCACCUAAUAUUUUGAGGACCAUUGCAAACACAGUUACUGGCAAAUCCAAUGUGUCUUCAAUAUUACCAAUUGGCCAGCUGUCCAAUGUGCCUUGGAGGAGAUCCGGUGUGAAGUAUGCUAACAACGAAGCAUACUUUGAUGUAGUAGAGGAGGUAGAUGCGAUCAUAGACAAAAGUGGCGCAACUGUUUCUGCUGAGAUACAGGGAUAUAUUGACUGCUGCAUUAAAUUGAGUGGAAUGCCUGAUCUGACUCUAACUUUCGUAAAUCCACGAUUAUUUGAUGAUGUUUCAUUCCAUCCAUGUGUAAGAUUCAAACGCUGGGAGUCUGAGAGGAUAUUGUCGUUCAUACCGCCCGACGGUAACUUCCGACUAAUGUCGUACCACAUCGGCUCCCAGAGCGUGGUAGCGAUCCCCAUCUACGUCCGGCACAACCUCUCGCUCAGGUCGAACGGCGACCAGGGCCGGCUAGACUUGACCGUGGGACCUAAACAGACUAUGGGCCGGACAUUAGAAAAUGUAGCGUUAGAAAUAUGUAUGCCAAAAUGUGUUCUAAACUGCUCUCUGACUGCAAAUCAAGGCAAAUAUUCGUAUGACCCCGUGAGCAAGGUUCUGCUCUGGGAUAUCGGGCGAAUCGAAUUGCCAAAGCUGCCAAACAUUAGAGGAAACGUUUCCGUAGCGUCCGGCGCUGACACGAGUGGCGCGAACCCGAGUAUCAAUGUCCACUUCACGAUUCCGCAACUGGCUGUCAGCGGGCUGCGCGUGAGUCGCCUGGACAUGUACGGAGCCAAGUACAAGCCCUUCAAGGGGGUGAAAUACAUCACUAAAGCGGGCAAGUUCCAUGUGAGGAUGUGAUGGGAGGCGCGCCACCCUAUAUGGGACUGUCCUGAUCUAUAACGAUGAAAUCAGAACAAAGCGUGAUACGGCCAAAGACUUCUAUGUUCUACUAGAUAGGACGUACUGAACUGAAAUAUCUCACUUUGUGACACUUAUCAACAACUAAUUUAGUCGAUUGCGAGCGAGAGAAUCGGAUGCUGCGAGACUUGCAAAAGUGGUGGUUGAUAAACUAACACUCAUAUCGUUUAACGAGAUCGAUAAAAAACGUAACCAGCGCAUACUGGUGAUACUUAUUUUAUUAUGAACUGCUUGUCUAGUAGUAAGCUUAAAGCUAGAAGUUUUUGGGUGCAGCAAAGACUUUGAUUUUAAUAUUGAGGUAGUGAAUAUGAUAUGUGUUUACUGAUGUCGCAAAUUCGUGUCGUGAUGGAAUAUUUUGAUGUUGUUUGGAUGUCUAAGUAUCGUUUGCGAAUUGCGAUUAUGAUAUUUCUUAAGAUCUUUGAAGUUUUAUCUCAUAAGAUGAUGAAUCUUCUAGCUGUCUGAAAAAAAACACUUGUAACCAAUUCCGGUAUAGGACUGUAUUCAUACAGUCUGUGGUAUUUUAAAUCACUAAUGAAGAGACAGUUCAUAAUGCUGUUAAUCCAUAGUUUUUGUAUGGUGUCAAGCACCGUACAAGGCGAAUAAUGAAAAUUCAAAGUCCUGGAUGGCGACUGCAAUCGGAAAAAUGUAUUUUAUAGAAUCAAUUACAUAAAUUUUCUCGUAUAAUUUAUUAAAUAAUAAAUCUCUCCGUGAUCUCGGACCCUAUAUUUUUAGCAAACGUAAUCUAUUUUCCUGUAUGUUAAGUUUGUUAAUAUGUCAAUUCCAUAAUAUAAUUGUUAGCUGUUUCGCUUUAAUACAUUAUUAAUGUCACAUGAUAACUUAUGACGAGUGUAGGAUAUAAAAAUUAUAAUAUACUUAGGUAGGUAAUUAUUAAGCGUAGUUAUGAGGAAAACCAUAAUGACGAAUAAUUUACUCGUGCAUAAAAGUUUAAUUAAGCCUGUAAUUGCACACAAGUUUUCUGGCUAGGAAGU